GACCAGGUGAAACUAAUUAUAUAAGUAGCAUGUUUAGGGUGGUGGUGGCUAUAGUAUUUGGGCAAAGUGUAGAUUUUAUGUUAGUAGUGGGGCCUCCUUUUGGUAAUCUUCUUUUGAGAUAUGUCAUGGGCAAUGAAGGGGCUCCAUCUAAUUUUCAUUGCUUUGGUUCUUUGGAGAGAUACAAGUGGAUUCGGAGUGUGGAAUACAACCUCUGUUGUUGAUUGGCAAGCUGGACGUUCUAAUGCAACAUGGAACCAAAAUUUUCACUUCGCUACGCCUGUUCAAGCUUUGGAGCUACUGUCCAGAAAAAGUGCAAACGGAAAUGUUGACGGAGGAAAUUCUAGUAGUUUCAGUUAUACUUCAGAAGUCCAAACUGCUCAACAGGAUUCUAGUUUUGUUCAGUCUUCUGGUGGUGCUGCUCAAGGUAAACCUGUACUAAAUGCUCAAGGUCAAGCAACUCCCAUGGUUCAACCGCAGGACAACUUGAUGACUCAGUCCUCAAGGCUCUAUUGGUUUGAAUCUCUCAAGCCUGAAAACUGUGGCACUUUGCUCUCUCAAUCUUGGCCUCAAAAAGGUCAGAAUAACGGUGGAUUCCAAAGACCAUCCAGGUUCCAGUUUGGAGGCACUGCAAACCAGACAUCUGGAUCCCAGACCCAGUCGUCAUACCAGCCUAGCACCACAACACAGGUUCAGACAGGCGAGUCUAUUGCCCAGCCUGAGUCGUUCGGAGCUUCAGCUUCAUAUCCAAGUCAAACCUCUGGCAUGUACUCUGUUGUACAGGGUCCUCUGAUUGCAUCCUCUUCCCAAAUGCCUGGGUUCCACAUCCAGUCAUCAUACCAGCCUGGCACCACAACACAGGUUCAGACAGGCCAGUCUGCGUCUACAUCUCAGGCUCAGUCCUCUGGUGCGUCAACGUUGUAUCAAGGGAUUAGCUCUGGCAGGUAUCUGACUUCACUGGGUCAUAUAAUUCCAUCCUCCUCCCAGUCUGUGGUCACUACAAACCAGACAUCUGGAUCCCAGACCCAGUCAUCAUACCAGCCUAGCACUACAACGCUCCUUCAGACAGGCCAGCCUGUUCUUCCUCAGAGUCAGCCUUCGGGAGCUUCUGCUUCAUAUCCAAGUCAAACCUCUGGCGUGUACAAUAUUGCACAGCGUCCAUUGACUGCAACCCUUUCCGAAAUACCUGGGUUCCACAUCCAGUCAUCAUACCAGCCUGGCACUACAACACUGCUUCAGACAGGCCAGUCUGCGUCUACAUCUCAGGCUCAGUCCUCUGGUGCAUCAACGUUGUAUCAAGGGAUUAGCUCUGGCAGGUAUCUGACUUCACUGGGUCAUAUAAUUCCAUCCUCCUCCCAGUCUGUGGUCACUACAAACCAGACAUCUGGAUCCCAGACCCAGUCAUCAUACCAGCCUGGCACUACAACACUGCUUCAGACAGGCCAGUCUGCUUCUACAUCUCAGGCUCUUGGCAGCCAUGGAGCUGCACCUUCAGGACAUGCUAAAUGGUACACCAUUGUACAAGGUCAGACAAUUCCAUCUUCUCAAGCCUCUGGAUCCCAGACCCAGUCAUCAUACCAGCCUGGCACCACAACACAGGUUCAGACAGGCCAGUCUGCUUCUACAUCUCGGGCUCAGUCCUCUGGUGCAUCAACAUUGUAUCCAGGGAUUAGGAGGAAUGUGACUUCUCUGGGUCAUGGCUUUCCAUACUCAACCCAGUCUGUGGUGACCGCAAACCAGACAUCUGGAUCCCAGACCCAGUCAUCAUACCAGCCUAGCACUACAACACUGCUUCAGACAGGCCAGCCUGUUCUUCCUCAGAGUCAGCCUUCGGGAGCUUCUGCUCCAUAUCCAAGUCAAACCUCUGGCGUGUACAAUAUUGCACAGCGUCCAUUGACUGCAACCCUUUCCGAAAUACCUGGGUUCCACAUCCAGUCAUCAUACCAGCCUGGCACUACAACACUGCUUCAGACAGGCCAGUCUGCGUCUACAUCUCAGGCUCAGUCCUCUGGAGCAUCAACGUUGUAUCAAGGGAUUAGCUCUGGCAGGUAUCUGACGUCACUGGGUCAUAUAAUUCCUUCCUCCUCCCAGUCUGUGGUCACUACAAACCAGACAUCUGGAUCCCAGACCCAGUCAUCAUACCAGCCUGGCACCACAACACUGCUUCAGACAGCCCAGUCUGCUCCUACAUCUCAGGCUCAGUCCUCUGGUGCAUCAACAUUGUAUCAAGGAAUUAGGAGGAAUGUGACUUCUCUGGGUCAUGGCUUUCCAUACUCAACCCAGUCUGUGGUGACUGCAAACCAGACAUCUGGAGCCCAGACCCAGUCAUCAUACCAGCCUGGCACCACAACACUGCUUCAGACAGGCCAGUCUGCUUCUACAUCUCAGGCUCUUGGCAGCCAUGGAGCUGCACCUUCAGGACAUGCUAAAUGGUACACCAUUGUACAAGGUCAGACAAUUCCAUCUUCUCAAGCCUCUGGAUCCCAGACCCAGUCAUCAUACCAGCCUAGCACUACAACACUGCUUCAGACAGGCCAGCCUGUUCUUCCUCAGAGUCAGCCUUCGGGAGCUUCUGCUCCAUAUCCAAGUCAAACCUCUGGCGUGUACAAUAUUGCACAGCGUCCAUUGACUGCAACCCUUUCCGAAAUACCUGGGUUCCACAUCCAGUCAUCAUACCAGCCUGGCACUACAACACUGCUUCAGACAGGCCAGUCUGCGUCUACAUCUCAGGCUCAGUCCUCUGGCGCAUCAACAUUGUAUCAAGGAAUUAGGAGGAAUGUGACUUCUCUGGGUCAUGGCUUUCCAUACUCAACCCAGUCUGUGGUGACUGCAAACCAGACAUCUGGAUCCCAGACCCAGUCAUCAUACCAGCCUGGCACCACAACACUGCUUCAGACAGGCCAGUCUGCUUCUACAUCUCAGGCUCUUGGCAGCCAUGGAGCUGCACCUUCAGGACAUGCUAAAUGGUACACCAUUGUACAAGGUCAGACAAUUCCAUCUUCUCAAGCCUCUGGAUCCCAGACCCCGUCAUCAUACCAGCCUAGCACUACAACACUGCUUCAGACAGGCCUGUCUGCUUCUACAUCUCAGGCUCAGUCCUCUGGUGCCUCAACAUUCUAUCAAGGGAUUAGCUCUGGCAGGUAUCUGACUUCACUGGGUCAGAGCAUUCCAUCCUCCUCCCACUCUGUGGUCACUACAAACAAAAUCUCUGGAUUGCAGGACCAGUCAUUUCAGCCUGACACCACAACAAAUGCUUUGGUGGGUCAGUCUGCUUCUACAUCUUUGGCUCACGGCAACUUUCAGGCUCCAAAUUGGCAUACGAUAACUCCUCCUAGAUUCCAUAAUUUGCUACGGAACGUGUCGGUUUCUCAAUCUCUGAGCUCUGAUCCCCAAACAAGAACAAUCAACAAUAUUUUGCCGUUUCUGAACCAAAGUGCUGGGACUUCUGCCAUGUCUCAGAAUAAUGUACAGACCCCAGCAUUUCACACAUCUUCACACUUCUCACCUGUCCCACAAACUGUUGCCACUCCCCCAGUCUCUCUACCCAAGCCUUGCCGACAGACACAAUGCUCAAUGGUGGAGAGUGCAAUUGCCUCUAUAGCAUCCAGCCAAACCUCUCCUCGUGUUGCCACAUCAUCUCAAGGCACAGGCUCUUUUGCUGCUGUACCCAUUCCAGGUACCUCACAGAAUUUUGCAGGCAUUGAUUUCCAGGGUACAUUGCCAGUACAUGACCAGUACAGCUCGGUGUGUAACUUUCCAUUUGGUUUCUGCAAUUCUCCUCAAGGAGCUGCAAACAACAAAUUUGUUCGAAGCCAGAGUGUACAGACACACAACCUGUGAACCAAGAAUUCAUGGGACACUUUCUGGAAUCAGUGCCUCAUCAGCAUUCUGUGUUCCACAAAGCUUUUCCAAUACACCUGAAAUUGUGAGCUCAGCCACUUACAGCUCCCCCCCAUUUCCCAACACCAGGCCCUCCUGACAAUCUCAACUGUAAGAUUAACUACUGAGUGCUUUGAUCGCUGACUGAAUAUGCUCAUUUGUGGUGCUUUUUAUUGUUUGCCUGAAUUUUUGUUGCAAUAAAAGGAGAAUGCACAUUUUGA